AAAUAGUCCAUGAACAGAUUCCAUACAAGUCUCGUAAGUCCUUCCGAUAAUAAUAAAGCAUUUUGUUUUUCCAGAUCCACUGGCGCCAUCACAAAGAAUAAUGGUAGUCAGAAUUUGGCAAAAGUAUCGUUUAUCAGUAAAAUGGUGGCGCCAAUUCGGAUAGAAAAAAUCACUAUGGACAGUUGUAUUUUCUGUGCCCUUUAUUAUGCGAAAUAGAAUUACAGGGACAAUGAGACUAGGAAAUUUUUCGUUCAUAAUGACUUUCUCAACGAAUAAAGAAACUCUCCAUCUCUGAUAGCUUGCACUGCUUUUCAGCAGUUCGAUAAAAGCGAGAAGUCUCUAUAAGAAUGUAGGCAUUUUUUGUUUGCCGAACCCCAAAUGUUACACUGUCAGCUAACAGAGCCUGAAUAAAGUCACUGAAAAUAAAAACGAAACAAGCAACUCUGUUGCUACAGCUGCUUCGGUCUCCGUUGUGAGAAAAAACAAAGGAAGUUACAUGCCGUUCAAGAAAUGCUCAACAGAAAGUUAGAUUUGCAAAAAUAAAAGAGCAACACUGCUUAGCCUUGAGAUAAACUUCGUUCCUACAUAUCUGAAGGACCAGGAAUAAUUAACAAAACAACUGCAUAUAUAUAUAUAUAUAUUUCAAUCUUUCUUGUUGGAAAUAUCAAAACUGCUGGGUCUAUUGGCUGAAUAACCAACUUGACACAAGUGCAAGAAACAAUCACAGAAAGUGAGAUUUCGGAUUACUGAAUCUAGAUAAACAAAAUUUGUCUAUA